AUGUAUAUGACCUUUGAUGCCAAUUAUAUAGUGAAGCCUAGUGAUAUAUGUCUGAGCCCAGUACUAUCAGUUAUUCAGAUCGCAACAACCCCAGCCAGUGUGAACUGUUGGGAGAAGACGGACAUAGAAGGUACCUUAUUUGUGUACAAAAGGUCAGCUUCUCCUUAUCAUGGUUUUACAAUAGUGAAUCGACUGAACAUGCACAACCUAGUUGAACCAGUAAAUAAAGACUUGGAGUUUCAGCUCCAUGAACCUUUUCUUCUCUACAGAAAUGCUAGCUUGUCGAUUUACAGUAUCUGGUUUUAUGACAAGAAUGACUGUCAUCGAAUAGCAAAACUCAUGGCUAAAGUGGUGGAACAAGAAGCUCAGAGAUCUCGGCAAGUUUGCCAUGACAGAAAAAGCCCCAGCAGAACCAAUGGCUGCAAUGAAAACAGGCCCAUUGACAUCCUGGAAAUGCUUAGUAAAGCCAAGGAUGAAUACGAACGAAAUCAGGUCAGCGACUUGAGUAUUGUAUCAAGUUCUGGAAUGCAACAAAAUGCAAAUCCCCCAAAGCCAGACAGCACAGAGGCCUCAGAACAAGCAACUUCAUUACAAAUGCAAGAUCAGCCAUUUCAGUCAAGGCAAAAGCAUCUGACUUUGGAAGAAUUGUUUGGAACUUCUGUACCAAAGGAACAAGCAGCAGUUCCGUAUCCCACUCCAGAGCGGAUGGAGACGUCGCAGCCUGACACCUCUGCCAGAGAGCAGCGCAAUUUGCUCUUGCCUUUUUCCUUUGACCAGUCAACAGUAAUACAUCAACCAUUAGGGAAAUCAGAAAGUCCCGGGGUUAAAACCAGUACCAGUGCUCUGAAUCAGCAGGUUUUUUUACCUCCAGCUUCAGUUUCCCAGUCUGAUGUAAAAAACAUUUCAAAUUAUUCAGUUCAUUUAAGCCCUGUUCUUAAUUCAGCCUCGACAAUGGAAGCUGCCCCUGCUCAGAUGCUUCCUGGCCUAAAACAAAACAACAGCAUAAUGCAAGUUAUGCAGCAAGCUGCCAAGCAGAUAUCCCCACUAGUGAAUCAGCUGCCAUCUGAGGUGAACCACGCGCCACAAAAUCUAAUGGCUGGCCAAAGCCAGUUUGUACCACCCUUGACAUCAACAAAUGCAGGAACUGUCUCAAAUACAUCCCAUACAAGUGUUGAUCUUCUUCAGAAACUCAGGUUGACCCCACAACAUGACCAAAUGCAACAGCAGGCUCUCACUAAGACUUCCUUAACACCAAACACCUCUGCCUCGGUUGGCCAACUUGCAACACCAGAAAGCUUCAAAGAAUCACACAGUAAACCAUCAACCUUGAACAGCAAGAUAAUCUCUCCACUUCAGACUGCACAACAAAACAAGGAAUCAGAACCGUUUUCACAGCCGAAGAGUUUACCUAAAGCAAGUCAGGUUGUACCUCCGCAGUUUGUUACAACCACGACUACAGUAACUCCUUCAAUCCUCUUGUCUCCUAGUGUUUUUCAGCAGUCUGCUACAAAAACUACUGAAGUGGAGAACAAAGCCCAUUCUUCUUCUCCUUUAACACUUGCAACAACAGAAAUUCAGACUAUACCUCCUACUGUUCUCAGUAGGUCUCAGCUUCAGGAAGCGCUCAUACAUCUAAUAAAGAAUGAUUCCCGUUUUCUCAGCACUAUUCAUGAAGUCUACUUGCAAGUCCUAACUAAGAAUACAGACAACAUCAAGCUAUAAUCGAAGUUAAAUCUACUUGGAAUAUGUCCACUUUAGAAACAAUUAUGCCUCAUAUAUAAAACUAAUAUUUUUUUAAAAGAAUAUUUAGUUUUCAACGUCUUGAAUUUGAACCUGUUAGGAAAGACUAUUCCUUAAAUACUUAUGAAAGUAAUGUUCUCAGAAGUGAUCUAGGUUUCCACUGUGAUCAUCACCAGCAAACCUUUGUUUUUAUUGGGGAGGGGAGUUAAGUUAUGUAUGAGCUCUCAUUAGCAUUAAGUGAAAGUGCAAAUGUUUGCUCUGGCUUUCAUUCCAAGCUGUCUUUGCUUUUCAAGAGUUACAGAAUCAAUACUACUUAAACCAGCAAAUACAUAAUACAGUACACUACACCACACCAGAAAAACAAAAUUCAGUUGUGUGAACCUAGGCCUGGUUUUAAGGACUAAGCGAAAGUAGGAGAGGGUAAUGUCUUGUGAUUAAGUUGGCAGGUGUGGGGAAGAGAGUUUUGGAAAUCAGGCUUUUGGAGCUAGAUUUUUAACACAGGGAUUAAAAAUAUGAUUUGGCUCAGUAUGUGAUCAGUAAACAGUCUUUAGCUAAUGCACGUGAAUUUCUUUUAAAUACUCCUUUAACUUUACUUGUUUCUGCAUUUCUGACAUUGAACAGCUAUCCAAGUGAGUAAGGCCGUUUUAUCUAAAAAGGGAGAAUUUGAAAUAUGCAAAAUCCUCAGUGUGAUUGUAUCAUCUUUAAGCAGCAGUGUAAUUUUGUUGAAUGCUGAAGUUCUUUUGUUUUGCCUUUAUAGUUGGAAGACCUCUGGAAGCCCAUCUUCUUGUUCAGUGAUGUUCAAUAUAAUAAUUGAAAUAUUUUGUUUCCCUUUAGCUUAAGGAUGGACCAGUGUUAUAGUUGGGUUUCAUUCCUCAUUUAUAUUUGAACUGCAGUGUUGAAAACUAUGCAGAUGGGGAACAAAUGCAUGCUCUUUUGUUGCCCUCUCCCCAAAUUGCUUCUUCAUACUUCAUAGUGUGAAUUUUAUCUAAUUAAAAUGCUACAGUUUCUUAUAUGUGAUUUAGUAAUUCACUAUUCGCUAAUGUAAGAAUUUAACCUCAUACUUUCCUGUUUGAAAUCAAAACAUUUCUAAUGAUAUUUUCCUGUGCUGCUGUGUUGGUUUACCCACUUCUCUGUGGCAUGCGAAGGAGUGAAUAAGACUUUAAUGUAGGUCUCAAUUUUUCCAGCAAUAGUCGUUUUAAAGGAUGCUUUUCCAGUAGCAAAGUUUUGGCUUAUUGAGUGAAAAGAUAAUUUAUAGUAAGUUAUGAUGCACUGCUUCCCCCCACCCUCAGCACUAUUGAAAUAUGAAGAAAAAAGUUGUUUGGCUCCUGGCAAAAAAAAUAUUUAUGUAUAUCCUAAGGAUUAGUUAAUGUUGACAUAGUCAAGGUGCACAGCCAUUUCAUUGGAAACUAGUAAUUAAGCUUUAAUUGUGACUUGUUCACAAAUCAAUAUGUUUUAGCUGUAUCAAAUGUUUGUUUUAUGUAUUUGAUCUAUUUUAGUUUUUUUCAUAGCUUUUUAGUGGAAAAUAUAUUUUGUUUAGCACUACCUGCCUUCUGUAAAGCUCUUCUCAGCCCUUGAGUUCAAUGUUUCAAGUUAAAAUACAUAGUAUUUUGUUAGAAAAAUGUGCAAAAUUCAGGGAAAGAUGCUAAUGUAAUGCACAUCUACCAAGAAAUAUAUUGGCUUUAAUAGUAGCAUUUGAAUUCAGCAAUAUAUACUGUGUGAGCCUUGUUAAGGAAGAUAGGAGCUUCCUACAUAAAUUCUAGCGAUGUACUUCUGUGUGUAUGCAUAAACAGUGAAAUUCAAUUUAGGUUUAAGGUCUACACUUUCUUUUUGUGUGUGAAAAACUUAGUAAGGAAAAGAGGACAAACAAGUGAGCAGUUCCUAUGGGGGGGUGGGAUUGAUAGCCUAAACCAAAUAUAGAGUUGUUUUUUCCUCUGGAUUUAGCAAAGACUAAGUCCAUAAUUUCUUGCUUUUUACGAAUAGUUUUCAGUUUCUUCAAAGGAAGAUUUGAUAUAAGUUUCCAAGAAUAGAAAUAUUGGAAGCUGAUAGCAAAUAUUUGUACUGUUUGCUAAAUAGUCUCAUUCUUAAUGUCGUAUCCAAAGAUCCGUACAAGUGAUAGGAAGGGGUUGUAGUUUGAGUUCCUAACUCAUAUACAAUUGAUAAAAAAUAAUACUGUUUGAAGUAGUCAUGCUAUUAUGAGAGUUUAACUCUGCUCUGAAUAUCUUGCAUUUAUUUGUUUCCAACUGUCCAGGAACCUCCAUGAGCAGCUGGCAGAUCCUUACUUUGCUUUGUUUUUGUAGUGUGCUAAUAGCAAUACAUUGUGAGUUUAAAUUUUUUCUAGCUUUCAGAAUAAAUUCAAAUAGAUGCAGAGUGAAAUAAUAGUUACUAGGCAGGCAUUCUUACUACAAACAAACCCAUUCAUCUUGAAUGCCUACAUGUUUAUUCUGACUUCCAUAUAUGUAGCCAAUAGACACUGGAAAGAACAGAGGUGUCCUGUAAUAACACACUGGAGAGUUAGUCUGCAGUAUAUGACAAGUGCCAGAUAAACCUCUUUAAUUAAGAAUUGCAUUGUAAAACACAAGUUCAACUGCAGUGUAAAACUUGAGCUUAAAUGUAGAAUGUGUUGUUUGGCAACUUUUUUUUCCUAAUCAUUUUAACUUUCUGUAUAAAUCUAAAAUUAUCAGCUUGUCUCAGUGCUUGAUUUGUGUUAGCUGCAUGUAGUGAUCACUAAUGCAUAGCAAGUUACCGUGCGUCAUCACAGCAACUUCUUGUGACCGUUUUCAAAUGAUUUUUAUUUCAGUAAAACUGCUGGCUUAAUGAGAUUUUACCCAUUAUUUCUGAGAACGAAAAGAUUGGUUCAUACUAUAUUCCCAAAAUGAAUUGUAUUAUCUAAGCAUGUGUAUUGUGGCCAGUGUUAAGUCACUUUAAACAAAAAAUAGAAAAUGAAAGUAAAAAUUUAGAUUUAAUCAAAGACAGUUUUAAAACCUAUAGCUGCUGAUUUGUUCAGGAAAAUCAAGAUUUUCAGUUUUGUAGUUAGAAAUUAUCUGAUGUUAUUUAAUAAUGCAAAGUUUAUAUGAAAGGUGCCUAACAGCUAUUAAUUUAGAAGCAGUAUAUCUUUUCAAAUUAAACAAGAUUUGCAGAACGAUUGAGUGAAAUUUAAGAAAGUGAUUCGUCUUAAUUUCACAAAAAGUAAAUGCUUAACAGUCUGUGUAUACCUACUCAAUAUUUAAACACUUGCUGCUGAAUGUAUCUCAAUUUUACUUGCAUUUCUAAUUGCUUCAUUUUGGUAUAUUUCUGAAAACCCUUAUGCUAUGCAUAGUCACUGAUGUAAUUCCUGAAAAACUAUCAGAAACAGACUUUAAUUUGGGACUUCUUUUAAAAAGUGUGCUAAACAAAUCAGCCCCCUUUUUGCCAGCUAUUUGGGUUGCAUAAGCAUAUCUUAACAGGAGGAAUGUGUGCAAUAUAUUUCACCUCAGUUUUGUCUGACAUCGUUACAAGAAUGUUAAGAUGCAAUAUCUCCCUUUCACUUCAAGUUAGAAGAAUUGCAGUAUCUUUAAUUUGGUCUAUUUAUUUUUUUUAUCUGUUCAGUGUAUGGGCACAUGGUUAGGUUUUUAUGUGUGUGUUAUUGUUUUUUGUUGCUUUUUUUGAAGUAUAUUAUGUGUUUUUAGCGAUGUCUGAGUUUUACCAGUUUUGUGGAUGCACAAAUUAUUACCCAUUUGCAUGUUCUUUAAAUAUGAAGACCAUAGGGAGGGGAAGCUUCAGGAAAAUUGUCUGGAAAUCUGAAAUGAGAAUAAUUUUAGGUCAAUAAAUGUAGAUACUGCAUCAUUAACGUUUUUGGUAUGGUAUAGAUUUUAUAGCACCUAUGUAUGUUUGCAAAUAUUAAGUUAUUGCAUAAAUGUUUAAGAAUGAGCAUUUUUCAUCCAAAAUUUUGUAUGUUUGCAAAUAUAUU